CUACCGCUUUGACUUACGCAUAAUUUUGGUUAGUGCGCAGACCCACGCGGAAAAUGUUCAACUGGGCAAAGUCGACGUUGGCCGCUGUUGCCGGCACCCAGGAGCCUGAAUAUGGCCCAGAUGCCAUCCAGCCUGUUGGAAAGAACGCCGGCGAUCCCGCAUUCACCGAGUUGACCAAGAAGGACCUCAAGUGGGCUACACUGGACUACACCAAUGUCGAGUCGCAGACCUUUUAUCUGUUUACAGACGAGGGCCACGUGGGGUUCCUCCAGCUUAUCUACAGCAACGUAGCUGGCAUGCGUGUCACUGUCCAAUUUACCUGCAGGCUCUUCUACCCCAACAACUCCAAGCCCGGCCUUUGGGCUACGGACCCCCUCAGCAACUACGGCUUCGACGAGGAACAGCAUUCUUUCUAUGCCGACGGCGUUUCCAUCGAGCUCUCCGAAGAUGGCUCGUACUACACAAUCAAAGCGGCGGUAAAUGAGAACAGCAUGGUCAACGUCAAGUUCUCGAGGACUGCACCUGGCUUCAUGGGAGGAAAGAACGGCACAAGCAACUUUGGCACAGACCCGAAGGCUCCGUGGGGUUCCAUGUACCACCACUUCUGGCCCAGAGCCAAGGUGGAGGGCAGUAUCAUCACAAAGGAUGGCGAGAUCAAUGUCAACGGCCGGGGCAUGUUCAGCCAUGCGCUGCAGGGAAUGAAGCCACACCAUGCUGCUGCUCGUUGGAAUUUCGUAAACUUCCAGUCACCCUCCUACUCCGCCAUCCUGAUGGAGUUCACCACGCCCGCCUCAUACGCCUCUACUGUCGUACGAGUCAGCGGCAUCGCUACGGAUGAUAAGCUGCUUAUCGCGGGCACCGACGGAGAAGCCAAGCACACCGCGACCAAGCAGGAUUCGGACAACGAUUGGCCGGAGCCGACCGCAGCUAGCUACCACUGGGUGGGCAAGACAGCGGACGGCCAGGACGUUACGGCCGAGCUCUCUGGUUCUUUGGGAGAGAAGUUCGAUCGUGUCGAUGUGAUGGCGGAAGUGCCGGGUUUCGUCAAGGCUAUUGUCGCCAGUGCGGCGGGCACGAAGCCCUACAUUUACCAGUACGCACCGAAGAUGACGAUCAAGGUAAAGGUGGGCGAUGAGGUCAAGGAGGAGGAGGGCACUCUCUACACAGAGGCAACCUUCAUCUCCUAAGUGCUUGGAUACGACUCUCCUCUCAAUCAUGACUACCCUAGCCCUAAUAAUCAAGCUCAGGACAGGAACCUGAGCCUAAUGAAUAACGUUUACUAC